UUAAAACUUGUGUUCGCGUGAUCCGUUAGGUAUAACAAAGUGAAAACGACGUUCGCUUAAUUUGUGCAAAAUGUACUGUGAUAAUUUAAUGUUAAGGAAUUGUUCGUAUCUACAGGCUCGGGAUCCGAGCAUAUUAUCAUAUAAUCGACCUCAACUAUCCGAAGUUAAAACAAAUUUAGCUGACGAAUUUGGAGAAACAUCCAAACAGCAGCCACAAAAAGAUGAGGCUCGCACCAUUAACGUAUAUCUUCGAAUUAAAAAUGGCUACAACUUCGAAGGCCUCUACGAAAUCGAGGACAAUACUCUCGUCUCAAAAAUCCCCCAAGGUUCAAAUUUUCUCCGCAACGCUAAAGACGGAGAUUCCAUGAUUAGAAAAUAUUCCUUCACAAAAAUAUUUUCUCAAGAAACUGACCAAAGGGAGAUUUUCAAUUACAUCGUAAAGCCAAAAAUUCUAGAUUUUAUCAACGGACAAAAUUCCACACUCAUGACCUACGGUGCUUCAGGAUCAGGUAAAACCUUCACAGUUAUAGGCACCGACAGAGACCCUGGUAUCGUGCCACGCUCGUUGGAAUAUUUGUUUCGUACCCUGCCUCAGCUGUCGAGGAAACCAAUAGCGAAACCCUCCCCUACAGGAGACGACGUAACAUUGUUGAACGAGGCUGCUUGUAAAUGCGAAAAACAAUUAUGCAGGAGUUUACUGAACGCGUCUUCAUCUUCAUUGGAUAGAACACAUCAUAUUAAAAUAUACCAAACAAUGCAGCAGCGACUGAGCACCGAACCUGUUGCUGAACUGGAAGUGGACGAGAACGUUGCGAUUGGUGUGUGGGUGUCAUUUGCAGAAAUUUACAACGAACACGUGUAUGAUUUACUACAGUUGGACCCACCUAGAGGGCAGCAAAGACCCAAACUGCGGCUAGGCAUGGCGAAGGGACACGCAUAUAUCAAAGGCUUGACCCACGUUAGUGUUACAUCCGGCGAGGAAGCUUAUCAAAUUCUACAAUAUGGGAUUCAUAACUUAAAUUAUGCCCCUACUCAAGUGAACAGUCACUCUAGUCGAUCGCAUUCGAUUUUUACUAUUAAACUAGUUCAGGUUUCUAAAUCCGAUGGCGGUAGUUACGUUAGUUGUUUUAAUUUUUGCGAUCUGGCGGGCUCAGAGAGAUCUAAGAAGACCCACAAUAUUGGCGAUAGACUUAAGGAAUCAAACAAUAUAAACAGUUCUCUUUUGGUUCUGGGCAGGUGUAUUUCUGCUGUGCGAAAUAUGCAAAAACAGAAUGAUAACAAAUUAGUACCUUUCAGGGAAUCGAAACUGACUCAGUUGUUUCAAAGAGCAUUAAAUGGCACUGAAGAUAUAUCAAUGAUUGUUAAUAUAAGUGCCUCUAGAGAUAUGUUUGACGAAACUCAGCAUGUCCUUAACUUCGCCGCUAUUGCCAGGGACAUAAUCAUCGAGCAAAAGCCAGAACCUAUCUUUAAGAAAAAAAACCGCUUUUCGCAACUAGUUGAACAAAGUUUAGAUGAUACUUUCAGUGCCCAUAGCAGAGAAGAUUUAAAAAAUACCAUCCGUCACUUGACAGAUGAGCUAGAGACUCAAAAAAGUGAGUAUGAGACAGAGUAUCAGGCACAUAUUCAGAUGAUAAGAGAAAAAUAUGAACAAGCUCUAGACGACUUAGAAGAAAAUGCUAAGAUAAGAAUUAAAAAAGCUGAAAGUGCAGUGAGAAUGAUGUAUGAACGGAAACUAGAGGCUAUGAAAACAAAAUAUGAAAAACUGAUCGAAGAAAUAGAAAUACAAAAUGAUGCAGCCCAACAACUAGAAGAAAGGCAAAUUGAUGUAAUUGAAAUCCCAAGUUCAGAUGAUGAAGAUGAAGAAUGUUGGAAAACUGAAAAAGAGAGUUAUAUAAAAGAGAUCGAAGAGUUAAAGUCCACUUUAGCUGAAGGAAUCGACGACUAUAAAGAGCUCCACGAAAAAUACGUGCUUCUUGAAAAGGAAAACGCUCGACUUCGGGGCCGUUGCUUAGAACUAGAAAAUGAAAUCGAGCUUGGAUUUCAACCUACGCAGAAAAUAUUUUGCGAGUCGGAAUCUGAUGAUUGAAUCAAACAUAUUUAUGUACAGAAAAACUAUCAUGUUCAAUUUAAUAAAAUAUUAAUUACAACUUGUAUUAUCAAAAAAUAAAUCAGCUUUGCAUUGCUCAACAA